GGGUUAGUAGUGGCCAUAGUUGACAGGGUCUUAUCCUGUGGUCCUUAGGAAGUCAGUCAGCCAGUUAGUGUGUCCGGGUAGGGCUACGUGAUGAGGAGUGGGACCCUUGUCGUGCACCAACACCACGAUGGACGACUACCCGAUGUAUGGGUUGCUGGUUGGGUUCUCCCUCUGGGGGACCCUCUGGCGUCUCCUCUUUCCUCUGGGAUUUUGGCAUAUCCUUGCGUGUAGAGUAGGGCCCACUCGAGGUGGUACCGCCACCCAAUCAUACACGAAGGAGGAGGAGGAGAAGAUGGUCGUCAUCCUGCAGGAGAGGAAGGAGAAGAAGGAGGCCAAGAAGAAGGCCUUGAAAGAAGAACAGGCGGCCAAACUGAAGAAGAUGGAGGAAGAAAUGGCCAGGGAGAAGGAGAGGCUGAUAAAGGAAGAAGAGGAGAAGCUGAAGGAGGUGGACGAAGACGAGGAGGGACCGCCACUGCAAAGGAGUGGGCAGCAUAGCGGCCGCAGCGGUGAUGAGUUGGAGAAGAAGAUUUCGGAGUGGGUCGCCAACUUAUCCCUGGGUGAGGAGGAAGAAGUUGCUAUGUACAUCCCCAAGGAUGAGCAAGAAGCCGCCAUGAAGAAAUGGGAAGCAGAAGAAGAUGUUCUGACGCGGCGGGCGAUGGAGGAUGAACAAAGGAUGGAGUGGAAGCUCGCAGUGAUGAGGGAGAAGAAGAGAAGAGUGGAGGCGGCGAAUGCGGCAAUGCAGGAACUGGAGGAGGUGAGGGCUUCCGUAACCACACAAUUGAUUUCGCAAGUGGAUCUCCAACGUAAAGUGGAGAUCAUCGCCCAGAGCGUUGAGCGGUUAGCUAAAGUGCAAGAAAGGCACUUUGAGUUUAGUCGCAGCCAGGAGAUAUCUGUACGCUCGAUGCAAAUGGGCUUACGAGACUUUGCUCGCAAGUUAGUAGGCGCUGUGGGGUCCGAGGUGACUCACCGCCUCGAGAAGACUGAGCGUUCUUGUGUCGGCGCCAUUGAGGGCGUCAAGGUGGCCGCCCCCAAGGAGGAGGAGGCUCGUCCUCGCAGGGAGCCGGUCAAAGUCAAAUUCCCUGAUUCCUAUAGUGGGAAAAGGGAAGAGAACUUUGACAAUUGGGAGGCCAAUGUUAAGACUUAUGUGCAUCUGCAACAGGUAUCCCCGGAUCAGCAGGUCCUAAUUGCGAUCCACGCGCUUAGAGAUGAGGCCGCCAGCUUUGCAAGGUCCCAAGUUCGCACUACCAACUGUAGUGACGACCCGGUAGCGUAUUCCUUGUUCACGUCCCUCACUGAAUUCUUGAAGUUGUUACGCGAGCGAUUCGCUGUUGUUGCCCGUAGUGUCAAAGCCUCAGAUAGGCUUCAGACAAUACACUCGCGCCAAUGGAAGAGUGCAAGGGCACUCAAGGGCACAAUGGAUGAGUUAGUGGCUGUUCCUGACCACAAGGUCACAGAGACCCAGUUGGUCAACCUCUUCUACCGGGCCAUGCCCGAAGCGCUGCGUGGUCACUUCUUUGACAAGAUUCAGGACCCUGCUAUGACUUAUGAUAUACUUAGCAGGGAAGUGGUCGCGUUCGAGGCGAAGUCUGCGUCGAUUUCCACCUUCUGGCACAAAGAUUUAGACAAAGGCAAAAAGUGGAAGGGCCGCACUAUCUCAGGGCAGGUCAAGACUAAGGAUAGCCUUGUGCUCACUUUAGAUGAAGGUAGUGUGGAUGAAAUCCCCUACGAUCAGAUAGAAUGGGGGUUAGAGGAGGAGCACAGCGGUGCGGGCCAAGGGAGAUCCUAUGCUGUUGUCGCGGCUGGAGGGAGGCCACAAGGAGGAAGAGGUCAGGGCCAAGGGGGCCGGGCCUCAGGGAGCCGGUUUCAGGGCGAUCAGGGGGUUGGCGACAGAGGAGGAAACCGCCAAGCGAGAGGAAGGGGUCAAGGUCCCCCGCAAAACCGUCCUAGGAAUAGGUCUCCCUAUAGGGUAGGAGGAUGGCACCCAGGGCUACCGCAGGGUCAUCUCAGGCAAGUCUUGGAGAAGCUGAGAGAAGCUAACUUCAAGAUCAAUGCAAAGAAGUGCGAUUGGGCGAAGACCCGAGUUUUGUAUUUAGGCCACGUCUUAGACGGAGAUGGCGUUAAGCCAGAGGAUAACAAGAUCGCAGCGAUUAGAGAUUGGCCCACGCCACGUACGUUGACAGAGUUGCGCUCGUUCCUGGGCUUAGCGAAUUACUACAAGAAGUUCGUAAGGAACCUAUCCACCACCGUUGCGCCCCUUCGCAGAUUGCUGAGAAAAGAGACAAUCUGGAGGUGGGACAAGGACUGCACGUCCGCCAUGAAGAACCUAAAGCAGGCGUUGAUAUAGUAUCCGGUCCUUAAGGUCGCCGAUCCGUCCUUGCCUUUGGUUGUUACUACGGAUGCUAGCCAGUACGGCAUAGGCGCAG